GGCGGCGGCGGCGGCGGCACGGCAGGUGCGGGGCGCGGUGUGCGACGGUGGGCUGGGCGCUGCGGUCGGGAAGGGGCGCGCCGGGGGACGGAGGGGUCGGGGGUCCGGCGGACGGCCUGCCGGAGGGCUCCUGCGGAGCCGUUCCGGUCCAGCCGCGCUCGGGAAGGCGGCUUCCCUCUGGGGGCUGUGCCCGGGGAGCGCCUCGGCUCGCCCGUCUUUGGGCACCUGUCGGGGGCUCGUCUGAGGAGGCGGCAGGCCGCGCAGCAGCAGCCCGUGCUUCUGAGGCUCGGAUCUGCGGGGUCCGGCUGACGUGGGGCGGAGGAGAGCUGCCCGCGGGUCUGUACUGCGCGGACGGAGGUCCGGCAGCCUCGCGUUCCCCUCCUGCUACGUGUGCCCGCCCUCGGCGGGGCCGGGGGGCUGCUUAGGGCCACCCCGCGGCCUCACGGUGCGGCCGUGAGGGAUACGGCGUGGCUGCGGUCAGGCUACGGGUUUUGCUGUGCGUAAGCGCCAGCCCCGUUCUUCAGGUACGGGGUGCUUCUGGCUGCAGCCUGUUGCAGCGCGGCGGAGCGAAGCUGUUCUCUUCCCUGCUAUGCUCCGUCCCUGCCUGACCUGUGCUCCUUGGCCCCAUGCUGAGUCUGCGUGGCCCGGGCCGUGCGACCUGCCGACCCGGGCCCAGCCCGCGGCGCUUCUGAGGGUGCACGGGGAGGGUAAGGAGGGUGUUCUAUGGCCUCUUGCGGCCUCCCCAGAGCAAACGGUGCCUUGCCGGGCUGCCUGUCCUUCUUUCCUCCUGUCCGGUUACCUCUGCACAAUGGAUGCAGUGUGUGCCCGCAGCCUCAACCGUGAGCGUUGCCGUUGCACGGGCGGGCGCUUUAUCCUCUCUGAUCUCUCUGCUUCUUCCCCCCUUCCCCCGAGGGUUUGUUUUCCAGCAGGCUGAGUUCAAAAAGGGCACGAGAUACAGCUGGCAAGCAGCCCGGCGCUAAGCAAACCGCUUCAGUCGGAAUUGCAUGGAUUAGACCCAACUCUCAGCUCACAUGCAGCGCUACCUGGGGCCGCUCUGAAAUGCAGUGGUAGAGCUGCUGGUGCGAGUGUCAAGGUGGGGUGAAGCGGUACCCGGAGCCUAUGACGGGUCGGGGGACGGCUCGUCCACAGUCACUGCGUGCUGCUGAUGACUCUGGGGGCGUAUCUGGUGCAGACUGCUGGGGCUGCUCUCCUUCAAGGAGACACCCCGGCCCUUCCAGACAGCAACUUGAGAGCCAGCUGCUGAGGAGUCUGCCACAGGCACCUUGUCCACAGCCAGAGGUGAAGCCUGAUGCACGAUGUCCUUGAGCCACUCUGAACAGAUAGCAUAGCUCCGUCCUGAGUGAGAUGCUCUUUGGCAGCCGAUUCGCUCCCUGCCCCACCCCUGCCUGUCUUGUCUGCCUUUCCGUCUCCGUCCUGCAGUGAGUGAGUUUGGAGGGCAGUUGAGUACCAUCGUGGUGCCUUUUUAUGGUAAAUAAGCUGCAAGGGAGCGCUCGCUGCAGGAGGGGCUGCUCCUAAAGCUGCUGUGAGCCCACGAGAUGGGAAUGAUUUAAAUUGCCUUGGUUUAUAGCAUCCAUUGUCGGGGCAGAAGGUGAAAGGAUGGGUUAAGGGGCAGCUUCUGCACUGACUACCAGGAAGGAUCUCUCAGCAGCUCUGUUCUUGCACUUACUGUCGGUUGGGGUGACAAAGGUUGGUGCUUACUGGAAAUCCUCUGACUGAGGCCAAAUGGUUCCUAUGCUCCAGUGACGAGGGAUGCAGGCUCAGCAGUAAUGGCAGCAAAAGAAGCAAACCCAAAAAGCACAUGCUUUGCCAGCUCAUCAGCGGGGGCCAUGCUGAAGUCCAGCUUGACUGCCAGCAGCUUGCUUUUGACUCAGAGCUGCCAGACUGCACCAUUUCUGGGGUGGCUGACCCCAGGCAGAGCACUGCUGUGGGGCUGAGACAGCACUCCCCAGCAUUGGAGCUGGAACACAGGAUAAGGCAGAAUAGAUUUGCUGUAUUGAUGCAUGGUUGUGCCUUGGCAGGUUGGUACCUUGGUGGAAGUGGGUGUUCUUCCCAGCCAUGUCUUCCUGCUGCACUCCCCCCACGAGGGAAGGAGCCUGGCAGUGUGAAGUUUGGGAUAUGGAUCCUUCUCACCCUGGUGUGAGGUGGCCCUUCUAGCCCAGUCUCCCCCUCAUACCCUUCCAGCCCCACUUCCAGCUCUUGUGCUGUGAUGUCUGUUUGAUUUGCUUAUGGGUGAGCUCAUCAGCCCUCUGGGAUAGCUGGGGAUAAGUUGUGGCUGGCUCCAAAUGUCUCAUGGGCAAUCAUUUCCAGAGGUUAUUUUGGUCCCUGACACAUGAGCCCUGCCUAGAAUGGAAGGCUUGAUUCACUCAUAGCAUCUCAGUGGGGGCACCUUUCAGAAGAGCCUCCAAUCCCUGCCCAAAUGAGGAGGUGGGCAGGGAAGUGCAGCGGACUCUGGGGGUGGCAUUGCUAGAGGUGGCUGCUUGCACCCUGCUCCCUUAUAGCCUGCUGGGGACCAAAGGGCAGCGGCCAGCAGAGAUGGUGGUGGUGUGGUCCCUGUGUUCCCAAAGUGUUAAUGGUGGUCCACUGGAAAAGAAAACCUAAAUCAGCCAAUCUGAAAGGGGGUUUAAAUGAGCCUUCUGACUUGAAGGCGUUUUCUUGCUGUUCCCUAUCAUGGUGCUGCUGCCCUUCCCAGCUUAGCUGAGACUUGGCACCUCUUCUUGGCUUCCCAGGAGGAACAACAUGCCUGGCAAUGUGCGCACAGCCUUGCUGUGAGAUCAUGGCUGUCUCCUGCUUCCAGAUGCCUCUUCCAGAAAGCCAUUUAGAGCCCUGGGCUGCUGCUUGGAUAACUCCCUGCUCUGAUUCAUCAGCAAUGUGCAGUCUCUCCCAUCGUAUCCCAAAUCAGCCUGUGCUAAAGGCUGAGAGCAAGAGGCAGUAUCUUUUAAUAACCGUAUGAUGCAGCUGGAAAAAAACUUCAGGACCUGUAGUUCUCUGGUGGCCUGGGUUAAUGGGAUGUUUGAGUGGGGAACUGGGCUGGCUCUGGGAACUUCAGGCGGCACUGCUGCUGUAGGGCCAUUUCUGGCCGAGCAAUGGCCACUGUGGGCUCCACCUCAUCCGUCUGGCAUUGCCACACCUGUACAGGGAGUUUGCUCUUGGUGGUGGGGCUGGGAGGAUCCAGCUUAUUUGGCAGACGUGUGCCCAGCUCUCCCUGCUCGCAAUCAUCUCUGCUGAAGGUGCCUUUGGUUGCCCAGCUUGCAGCUGUUGGAACUGCACGGCUUUGUUCCCGGCAGCUUCUGCUACUUCUUCCAGGUGACAGCAAGGUGUAAAACUGUCAAGCACAGCUGGGAUGUGCUCUGUGCACCUGAAGAUGGGAUUCCCUGCUUAGAGGGUGGUUCUCACAAUUGCCACUGCACCCUGCCAGCUUCUUCAGCUGUUCCCAGGUACCCCUGCAACGUUGGCAGCUUCCAAAGGCUCUAGGAUGCUGGGGCCAGCCGGACUGGGCCUGCCCACCUGAUCCUUGGCGCCUGCUCCUGCCAGCCCAUCAUGCUGUGCUCCUGGCGUGUCAAGCUGAAGCUGCUGCUCGCUACCAUCACCCUCGCCGUCCUCCUCUCCUGGCUCUACCUCUUUGUGGGCAGCCUUGAAUACGGCCGCUUUCUCCUGCUGCCGCCGUGCCUGGGCGAGCAGCCGAGUCGGGAUGUGGAGCGGGAGGCACUGGCCUCGCAGGUGCGCCGGGUGGAGGAGGAGAACCAGCAGCUCCGCAUGCAGCUUGGCCAGGUGCAGGCAGAGGGCAGCGAUGGCAACCCACAGUGGGCGGCCUCUGCCGAGGAUGGGCCCCCCCUGGGAGGUGAGAGGAACAACCGCACUGCCUGCCCCAAGCAGAGGAUGGUGCGCAAGUGUGAGCUCCUGCACGUUGCAAUUGUGUGUGCUGGACACAACGCCAGCCGGGAUGUGGUCACCCUGGUGAAAUCCAUCCUCUUCCACAGGAAAAACCCUCUCCACUUUCACUUCAUCACGGAUUCAGUGGCCCACCAGAUCCUCCAGACGCUCUUCCAGUCCUGGAUGGUGCCUUCCAUCCACGUCAGUUUCUACAACGCCGAUGACUUGAAGCCAGAGGUGUCGUGGAUCCCCAACAAGCACUACUCUGGCAUCUACGGGCUGAUGAAGCUGACGCUCACCAAGGCACUGCCCUCCAACCUCUCCAAGGUCAUCGUCUUGGACACUGACAUCACCUUUGCUACUGACAUUGCUGAGCUCUGGGCCGUCUUCGGGAAGUUCUCUGAAAAGCAGGUGAUUGGGCUGGUGGAGAACCAAAGUGACUGGUAUUUGGGCAACCUCUGGAAGAACCACAAACCAUGGCCAGCACUGGGACGUGGCUUCAACACGGGGGUGAUCCUGCUCUUGCUGGACCGCCUGCGUCGCCUGGGCUGGGAGCAGAUGUGGCGGCUGACAGCAGAGCGGGAGCUCAUGAGCAUGCUCUCCACCUCACUGGCUGAUCAGGACAUCUUUAAUGCAGUGAUCAAGCAGAACCCAGCCCUGGUGUACCGGCUCCCGUGCUUCUGGAAUGUGCAGCUCUCCGAUCAUACCCGCUCAGAGCUGUGCUACACUGAGGUCUCAGAUCUCAAGGUAAUCCACUGGAACUCGCCCAAGAAGCUGCGAGUGAAGAACAAGCACGUGGAGUUCUUCCGCAACCUCUACCUGACCUUCCUGGAGUACGAUGGGAACCUGCUGCGCAGGGAGCUCUUUGGCUGUGCCAGUCUCCCCAGCCCACCCAGCGACCAGUACGAGUUCCUGGCCCUUCCCAACCCCACUGAUGUCACCCUCGUGGCCCAGCUCUCCAUGGACAGGCUGCAGAUGUUGGAGGCCAUCUGCAAACACUGGGCUGGCCCCAUCAGCCUGGCGCUGUACAUGUCAGACGCGGAGGCCCAGCAGUUCCUGCGCUACGCCCAGGCCUCGGAGGUGCUGAGUGCCCGCCGCAACGUCGCCUACCACAUCGUCUACAAGGAGGGGCAGUUCUACCCCAUCAACCUCCUGCGCAACGUGGCCUUGGCCAACACGCAGACGCCGUACGUCUUUCUGACUGACAUUGACUUCCUGCCGAUGUACGGCCUCUACGAUUACCUCAGGAACUCCAUCCAGCAGCUGGAGUUGCCUCACAGGAAGGCAGCUCUCAUUGUGCCGGCAUUUGAGACCCUGCACUACCGCCUGACCUUCCCGAAAUCCAAAGCAGAACUGCUCUCCAUGCUGGACAUGGGCUCCCUCUACACCUUCAGGUACCACGUGUGGCCAAAAGGCCAUGCCCCAACUGACUAUGCCAAGUGGCGAACAGCCACCGUACCGUACCGUGUGGCGUGGCAGCCGGACUUCGAGCCUUACGUUGUAGUGAGGCGAGACUGCCCCAAGUACGACCAGCGGUUCGUGGGCUUCGGCUGGAACAAGGUGUCCCACAUCAUGGAGCUGGAUGCGCAGGAGUACGAGCUGCUGGUACUGCCCAAUGCCUUCAUGAUCCACAUGCCCCACGCUCCCAGCUUCGACAUCUCCAAGUUUCGCCUGAGCGCAGGGUACCGGGGCUGCCUACAGACACUGAGGGAGGAAUUCCACCAGGACCUGUCGCGGAAAUACGGGGCUGCUGCACUCAAAUACCUCACCGCCGAGAGGAACCUAUGACACCUGGGGACAGUGGGGGCAGGGUGCUGGUAGCAGGCGGAGAAGGGAGGGUGCAGGGCCUCCUCCUGCCCCAGCUCACCUCGUAGCCUUGCCCAGGGGGUCUGGCUCACAGUGGGAUGGCUGUAGAUAAGAGGGAGGAUGCCAGCUGUGAGAUCAGGCAGCGUCUGUGGGUUGAGUUGCUGCAGUGUGGCCCAGGGUUUGUCCAGAGCAUUCCUGUGUUACAGGGGAGCUUCCACUGUGCCGGGGGACUGGUCCUUCUGUCCCUUGUUCUAGCAGAUUCCAAUUCACAGCCUUUGUUAGCUCACCUCAGCCUGGGGCCUAGAGAGGCCCUAGAGCUGCAGUUUUCCCCGCUCUGCUCCUCUUUCUAGUCCCAGUUUGCAAUCUUCUGCACAUCCCUGGAGCCUCGGUGAGUGGGAGAUGGCUUUGUGGACCAUCCUCUCGCAUCAUCUGUGGAACAAGGCCUCAGAAGAGGCCUCCUGAUGCUCUAGGAGCUGAGGCCAGAGAUCACCAGGAGCUGUGGAGUCCUGGCUUAAGCCCAGACCAAAGGUGGCUGGUUAGCAGUGUGAAGUUUCCUCCUCAUCCACGUGGAUGCAGAGUCACCCCUGGGAUGGCCCAGCUCUAAGUGAAAGCAGGCUGGUGCUUGGUACAAUCCUUCUGCCGUUGCGGUGGGUGGGAUAGCUUCACAGGGGGUCUGCGCUCCUGUGGAAGAACUCAGGGCAGGGACCCCCAGUGCCUCCUCGACUCCUGGCAGUGCUGGGGCUGCCGCCAACAAUCAGGGAUGGGACUGACCCCAGGGAGGCUGUAGCUGAGCACUGUGGUCCCUGCAGUGGAAGCAGCGGGGCUGACUGCUCUGCAGCUGUCACACACUGGAGCACAGAGGAUGCCUUGCUUUCCUCAUGCUAUUUAAAUUAUUUAUACUUUCCUCGUAAGAAUUCAGCGGUUGGGGGUGUCAUGGGUUUGUGUUGUUUUUUUUGUUGUUUUUUUUUUAAGCCUUCCUUGCACCUGGAUGAUUUUGCUGCUGGCACUGGAGCAGCUCCAGGCCCGGGGCUGCUGCAACCUAUGCUGUUCUCUUCUUAGCAUUAUUCUGGUCUGCAAGAGCUGUGCAGGUGUGAAGCCUUCCGUCCAUGGUGGGAACGGCCAGGAGGAGCCAUACAUACAAAUCGCAUUGCCUGGGAAGGGCACAAGCGCCUCUUGCUUAUUCUCUCUUUUUAAUUUAAUUUUUAAAUUAAAGCUUUUUUAUUCUUUUUUCA